AGCUACAGCAGGUCAACAUAUUCAGUGCAAGAGGCGGGCCUAUGUGCAGGGAAGAUGAGCCGUGGACUCAGCGCUGCUCAGUGGUCGUGAUUUCAUCGAUGAGGAGCUGACUGACCGCCUCACACACACACAGACAUGGUGACACGUGGAUUUUUGUGGGUGAGGGGACUCACCGGCCACCGGUUGGAUUAACGGAUCGUCGCAUGGGUGUGUGUCGGCGUCCCGGACUGCUCCUUUUCUUAAUCUGACUCCGGGACCCGGCGAUGCGCUCUUUAAAGGAAACGGGUUUCGCAGAGACAUCCGGAAAACGCAUCCAUGCGCCACGGCCAGUCCGCAUCCCGAUAUGCCUCUGACAACACAAAGCCUGGUUUCAAGGAGCUGCCAUAAGAAAGCACACAUGCAUAUCGGCAUGGGUGCGUCAACACGGUUAUCUGGUUGUAUUUUGCGCAUGGGGCUUUGGAGCGCAGUAGUGCAAUGAGAGAAACGGGAAUUAUCAAGUAGACUUUUAUUGAUAGGCUACAUAAUUCGACAAUAUGGCUGAUCAGAGCAACAUCCAGUCCGCCGCCUCUAAGAGUAUCCGGCCUUUUAAAUCCAGCGAGGAGUACCUGUACGCCAUGAAGGAGGAUCUGGCUGAAUGGCUCAACACCCUGUAUGAUCUGGAUAUCACUGCGGACACCUUUAUGGAUGGGCUGGAGACGGGCUGUGCCCUCUGUCGGCACGCCAACAACGUCAACCGCGCCGCGCAGGACUUCCAACUGGAGUACCCGGAGGCUGCACAGUCCAUGAAGGUGCCAUCUAAAGAUGUUGUCUUUCAGUCACGCAACGUUAUCCCAGGCUCUUUCUUAGCGCGGGAUAACGUGUCCAAUUUCAUCAGCUGGUGCAGGCAGGAGCUCUGGAUCAAGGACGUCCUCAUGUUUGAGACCAACGACCUGGUGGAGAGAUGCAACGAGAAGAAUUUUGUCCUGUGCCUCCUGGAGGUGGCGCGGCGCGGGGCCAAGUUUGGCAUGUUGGCCCCCAUGUUGAUCCAGCUGGAGGAAGAGAUCGAGGAGGAGAUCCGGGACCAGGAGAGCCUGCGGAUCGAUGCAUUGGAGCCAGCUGAGCAGAGCCCGCCCAGCAGGUGCUUCAGUCGGAAGGAGAGCAGUCACAGUGUGGAGGAUGAAGAUGAGCCUGAUCCAGAGCCCUUCGUUUGGCCGCAGAAGAGAGUUUUGUGUGACAUGCGAAAUUUGGAUGAGUUGGUGCGUGAGAUUCUGGGCCGCUGUUCCUGUCCGGCUCAGUUUCCUAUGAUCAAGGUGUCGGAGGGGAAGUACAAAGUUGGAGACUCCAGUGCAUUGAUCUUCAUAAGGGUCCUGCGUACUCAUGUGAUGGUGCGUGUUGGAGGGGGCUGGGACACUUUAGAGCACUAUUUGGACAAGCAUGACCCGUGUCGCUGUGCUGCUUUCGCCCACCGAUACCACCAGGCUAAAGCCAGUGGCCAAGGCCAGGGCGGCCACAGCAAGUCCUCAAGCGCCCAUUCCUCCCGCUCUACCAGCCCAGGUCCACACUGGCGAAAUGACGGCAUUGCACCUUAUAAACCUCCUGACAGGCGCUCCCUGGAGCCCCCCUCUGCUCCAUGUGCCUCUUCCACCUCCACGAGGUCUGGCCGCUCCCAGAACCCUUCCGCCCCCACCGAGCUGGACUCCGGUGCAGCACGCACUCUACUCCCACGGCCGCCACGAGACCGCUCAGAACCCCGCCACUUUAAUCCUCUCAGGAAUAAGGAGACAAUGAUGCCAGUGGCAAGACGUUUGUCUGGAGACAGUGACUCCUCCACAGCCUCCUCUAAGGGAGGAGGGGGAGGGGGAGGGGGAGGUGGGGGACGGUACUCUCUAGGAGGUGCCUCACGUCGCUCUGGUGAUGAGGUAGUCCUGCUAGUCAAUCGCAAGGAGGGAAAGCAUGUGAUUGAGAGGCCUGGAGCUGGAAAUCAGACCCCAUCCCUGCGUCCCUCACUGCCCCGUGCGCGCAGCCAAUCUCGGGAACGUUCUGGUCUCGCCCCAGUACUCAAGCCGAACCCACCACAAGGAUCCGCUGAUGGAUCACGAACAUCCCGCACAGAGAGGGGCCGCUCCCUCGGAAACGAGGGCCCAAGGAGGAUCCAUGCUCCACGUUCCCACAGCCAGAGUAAGAUAACUAGUCGUACUCGGUCCAGUGAUGCCAGCCCGGGACCUGCUUCCUGCUACAGAGACCCUCAGCCCCCACCUGCGGACAGACGAGAGGACCUCCGGGCCAAACAAUUGCCCCCAUCCUCACCUAGAAUAGGUGGUGGGUUUAGCAAGAGGCAGUCGUCCUCGUGCUCUAACUCACCUGUUAAAGGGGUACAGAACAACAACAGCAGCCCCAGCAAGAAGAUUAUCACGACUCCCAGACCUCCUGCUCCUCGCUCACCCUCUGUAGGAAAAGGCAGACUCCUGCCACCAGUCUCCUCAGGAGGUCGACGCUCACCUCACUCAUCUCCCCGCAACUCUCACCAUCAUGCUGCCCGCUCCCCUCGGACCUCACAGGGCCCUCGCUCUGCUGGGCGAGGCCACCAUAGGAACUGGUCUGGCCUGGAGCGCCAGGAGCCCGAGGAGGAAGGACUGGGCCUUGGCUUCCAGAUGCUGCCAACGCUGGACCCCCAGAGGGAGCAGGACCUGUAUCGCAGCUUUGAGGCUGAGUUUCUGGCCAAUACCCAGCAGGCUAAAGGAGUGUCUUGUAGAGCCCCAGGAGGAGCUACCAUGCAGGGAGCUGGGACACAUUCAGUGCCAGCACCCAUGGAUCCUAAUGUCACUGACUCUGCCUAUUCCUCUUCUAACUCCUCCACCUCCUCCCUGAACGUGGGGGCAAAGAUAGGAACUCUGCCUGACCUCAGGGAAUCCAAGAGAACUAAUCCCCGUCACUUCCCGCUGGAUGACCCCUUGAAUUUACUUUAUGGACACAAUUUUGGAGGACCACACAACUUUGGUCCAGGAGAGCCUGAGCACUGGGGGGAGCGUGGAGGGGCUCUCAAGAAGCUCCCAGCCAUCUCUAGUUCUAUCGAGGAGAGGGAACCUCCAUCUUCCCUGCCUGGUCUUGGAGACACAGACAGAUUGAUGAAUCAGGUCCCCUCGCAACCUGCUUUUCACUGUAGGAAUAUGAAUGGAGACCCUGGAGGUUGUCCUCCCACAGGGGGGCUGACAGGUCAGCAGGGUCAGCUUGGCUGGGGCACAGGUCCUGAGGGAGAUGUUCCUCUGGAGAAUCACCAGCCAAACUUACCAUAUGACCUAGAAAAUGGUGACGGCAGUGAUGACCUCCCGCCCCCAGAGGCAUGUCCGUCACCUGUGCCCCUCCCCCCCUCGGAGGACUGCUCCUUCCAGGAUUCCUCUAGUGAAAACUCUUCCAUGUGCUUCAGCCUGAGUGAAUCUCGCUCUGAAUCCCCCCCACCAUCCUCACCCCUGACCAACGGGGACACUGAUGGAGAAGGGCUGCAGACUAAGAAAGGGCAAAAGAAGGCAGACAGGGUAGCGCCUAUCUCCAAGCACAAACUGAGAGGCAGGAUGAGGCCUCGCACUGACAACAGGCCAGAAAACAGCCCCUCACGUAUCCCCACCCCGGUCAGCUACAGAGAUCUGCAAUCACAUGACACGUUCUCCCCAAGCCACACCCCACCGCUGUCCCCGCAGAGCUCACGCUCUACUGGUCGUCCAGCCACAUGCAAGGGCCUGCACCAGGCCUUUGCGGAUAUGAUCCAUCCUCAACCACGUUCCCCAGCCAUGGGCAACAAAGACUGCUCCUACCCUGGACAGUCAGGGAGCCUGGACACUGAAGCUUGGAUGUAGCACAAAUGAGACAAGGGGGUUGUUGUCAUGAACUUUGACUACUGUGUAAAAAAAAAAAAAAAAGACUGGGCUAUAGACUGUUUUCACUGCAUGUCUAACACUCCUUCUUUCUCACUUAGUUUCUCCCCUGAAUAACUGCAGGGGGUUCACAUUGCUUUUAUGUUGCACUCAAGCCAAAUUAUUUAUUACCAAAGGAAUGGUCUUUAAUAUUACUUUUACUGUAAUUUUAAUGUGUGCAUGGGGAUGCUUUUGCCAAUCAUAAUGUGUUUUUUUUUUCUUUCUUUCUUUUUGGUUGAUGCAGAGAGAUAGAGAGAGAGCAUAUGUGCUGCCAUGUGCCCCGCCGAGGGGCAUGGUGAAGUGCCAGGGAUUUAUAGCUGCAACUCUAUAAAACGGUGUAAACACUAAACCUGCAGUCAGGUGGAUUGGCUCCCUCUCGUGGUCUGCCACAGCAACUCUGCUUGCCUUGAUAGUCAAAAUACUGGUGUGAUGACUCUGAUGUUUUCAGUCUCUCCACAUAUGAUUCCGUAUACUCACAUUUUACGAUAUACUAAUAGGUAGCAUAGACAAAGGUAACCCCAUCAUUCCUCUGACUUUAUGAACACUACAUGCACUACAAAUCUCUGUACAGUUGUUGUUGUCAAUGUCACCUUCUCACAACAAUUGAUGUCGUCGAGAUAGAUAUUGGUUUUUAAAUGCUUAAUGUGUUACAGGUUUUUAAGGUUACGUUUAAUGCAGUAAAAAAUUUUAAAUUUAUUUCUAUUUUUAAGUGGAUUAAGUAUAAAAAAAUACGAGGAGCAGUGAGGAUCGAGUAACUUUUGUGUCAUUGUCACUGAAACAGAAAUGUUGGGAGCUCCUCCUUUGACCAAACUGUUCUCUGGAAUACAACGCUACAUAUACACAAAACUCAAAGGCUUAGGAGAAUGAAUGUGUAAAUACAUGUUGAUGUGCUCACCAAUGGAUGUGGGUAUUUUGUAUAUAAAGAAGGCAUCGGAUAUACAGUUUAAUGUACAUAUUCACCGUAAUCAGUUCUGUGCUGCCUUAGCUAUGCAACAUUGGUGUUGGAAAUGCCUUGACGAUUCCCUUUGCCUUAAAAUGUAUUCGCAGGUUAGUUUUUGAAUGUUUUUUUUGCUCGACAUCACUAAGAUCUGUUCGGUAACACUACAUUGCCAUCGUUAAAUGUUUAUGAUGAUCGAAAUUUGAGAGUUUGAGUGUGAAUGUGGAGGUAACGUGAGGAACAUUGCCAAUUUUAAUCAUACAUUAUACUUGAUGUAGGUGCACAAUUCAUGAUAAGCAUAUAUAAUUUAUUGCCUCUGAAUCCUAAAAGUUGUUUUGAAACACAAGAAGCCAGAUAACCUACUUAGAUGGAUUUUAAAGACACAGCACAAUCUGUGGUGACAUCUAGUGGCUAAAGAAAGACAUGUUUUAUUCACAGCAAAAAGGGAAACUGUUCUCUGUUUUUGGAAUGACACGUUCUGGUGCUGAUUAGAGCCAAUAGUAAUGGUAUGUUAGGGGAAGUUUGAUGGAUGAAGAAUGACUUUGAGACUUGAGUGUCUGAAUGUGAGCAGCAGUGCAUGAAUAAUAGAUACUGUAACUGGAUAUUAGUGUUCUCUCGUGAAGCUCUUGCACAGUUGUAGUUAUAGUUGCCAGACCCCAGCUACAGUACUUCUGUUUUUCGGUAUUUAACAGGACUUUGUAAAAUAUAUUUGAAAGUGGAAACGUUUGACUUGUUAUGAAGAGAAGGUGGUGGCCAUGUGUUUACGGUGAUUUUGAUAAAUCUCUCCCAGAGAGAUUGUAGAGAAAAUGUCGGGAAAAUGAAAGAAGCAACAUAUGUGGAUAACAUCUUUUUUGCGAGGCAGUGACACAGUGAAUGGGCCGAGGGAAAAAAGAAGAGUGUGCAUAUAUAUGUGUACAUACUGUAUGAGAAUAUGUACAGAGUUGGAGUGAAGAGGGGAGUGAUGUAGGUCUAAUUUAUUUAUUUAUGAAAUUAAUUCUCACUGGGCUAAAGUGACAUCUGCGUCCCAAGUACUGUUAAAUGAGCUGUAAGUGGUUAGGGAAAUUCUAAAUGAGGUGCGGCCCAACUUGAAUAAACAUUAGGCAUUUUAAGAUUUUUAUUUUCAACAGUUUACUGUAAAGAGACAUAAUAUGUUAAAAAUAAUGCCAGUUUAAAAACUGAUUCAAAAGAGACAAACUAAACAUAUUGUUUUGCAAUAUUUAGAGAUACAGUAAUUUGAUUUAAUGCAGACCCUUCAAUGCUACAAAUAAUUUAUGAUGUAUCAGUAUUGUUAGAGCUACACAUGUAUUCUCAUUGUUUUCAUUUUAAAUUUGUUUUGGCUUAUUUGAAGACAUUUUGAUCAACUGGCGUUUAAAUGUACCAAUAAUGUGAACUGUGAAUUCAUACAAACAUUUGGUUCUCAAUCACGAAAGAGUGAAUGUCCUCAUCAUAUGUUCUUUGUCCUGCACAACUUUUCAAAUUUCAUGAAUCUCUCUCUCUCCUUCUCUCUAUCCCUAAUCAGCGAAAUCUGAAUGUUCAUGAUUUGACAAUUUCUCGUUUGCUAAUGUUGUUUUCACGAACACUCCAGUUUAAUGUACAGAUUGCUUGACAUUGUGGAAUUUGUACGUAUGAAAUAGCAAUACUGCAACAUUUCACAGGUUUUUUUUUUAAGUUGAAAAUGCUGUCAAGUUGUUCUUGUAAUAAAUAUUUUCC